CUAAAUCUUAAACUUGAGGCUGCAGCCCCAAACAACCACAGUUCUCUCCGUAGUCCACAGUUCAAUUGAGUUGGUGGAAACUAAAACACUUCAACGAGCUGAAAUUUGCGGGAAACUAACUCAUACCAAAUACAACGAAUACCCUAGUAUCCAAGUCUAGAAUUGCAGUUCUGAAAUCCCUCAUCUAAUUGCAAAGAGCCCAAUUGAUUACUCAGCUAAGACUCCCAAAACUGGGUUCCUACGAUUCUGAAGUAAGAGUUAAUAGGCGAAAGGUUAAUCGAAGCCGGAGCUUGGAAGGAGAAAACGGACCUGCCAAACUCGCUGGAGGCGCUUCUUGGCGUUGGCCUUACGAGAGGGGGUGAGUUUGAUUCUCUUCCAGACGAGUCCUCCCGAGUCGUGCUUCUUCACUAUCUCCAACACUCUCGUCGCCCAAAAUGCUCCGCCUGACAUCUCUCUCUGUGCCGCCGGCGCCGCCGCUAGUUCUUCCUUCGUCCGCGCGCUGCUAAUUCGUCUUCGUCUCUGCGCUCCCGGCCAGCCAAAAGAGUUCGAGUGUCAGCUCCGUGUUUCUUCUGCUGGACCUAUCUUUGGGUAAUGGAAGCAAAGCCCAAUUUGCGUAUUUGUCAAUUUGUACAUUACAUAAGCCUAGGCUCAAAAUUUAAAUCAGCCCAGUCCGCUGGCUGAUUUGGCAGACCAACUAAACUUAAUGCUCUAUUAUUGACCACUAAGGGGUCGUUUGGACGAGGAAUUCUAAUGGAUCAAUCUGACACAAUUGUCUCGUUUUGAGUCAAUUAUUUUAGAUUGAUCCGUUUGACAGCAGAAAAUUUGGAUGAAGCAAUUUGGCCUGGGGAAUUCUGAAUUGACUCAUUUUGAGCCAAUUACAAUUGUCUGGGGUGGGGCAGGUAAUCUGAAUUGACUCGUUUAAAAUGACUCGUUUUGUAAAAUAAAACAAUUGGUUAAAUUGUCUCGUUUUACAAUUGAUCCAUCCAAACGACGCCUAAGCUAACUUUAUCGUGAUCAUGUGCUCAAAGGUUGUAUUCAUUUGGAACUUGGAGUGGUGUUCAAUUUGUAAAUAAUGGUCUAUUUCUUCGUAGGACAUUCACCAGAGAGUUAGAUUCUAUAAUUAACAGUAGGCAUUAUGCUCUCUGAUUCGGGGAUAAAAUAAUUUAUAAGAAAAGAAAAUAAUUAUAUUCUCUUGUUUAUUUAGAUUACGUUAACAAGGCUGAUUCCAGAUACUUUAUGAGUUCUAUAUGUUACUAUAAUCAUUCAAUCAACACUCACACACCCACUCGAUCCAAUUCAUGACUCCAAUAUUCCACCUAAUACUUGAGUAAGAUAGUUGAAUGAUAUGGAUGCGUAGCUAGUUGAUUGGACAAUUGAGAUUAACAUAUCACGUAUACUUAUAAGUUGCAUCGCAACAAUCACAUGGUUGGUAUGUGUUUGUAAGUAUCACCGUCAAUGAGAUAAGGAGCUCGUCUUACUUAUUAGACUAACCCCAAAAUAUAACAUCCCAGACAAACUAACAAUUAUAAUCUUAAAAGUAAAUUAAAAAACUCGUCCCAUAAUAAGGUUGUAACCAUCGUGACAUCCCAUAUUUAACUUACAAGUUACAACAACAAAAACAAACUAACCAAAUAUGGCCUUAACAUGAACAAAAAUUCGAACCUAACUCAUUCAAUAUGCCCUAAAAAAAUUGAUACCUUAUCUCGGCUCUUGAUUUGUUCUGCCCCCUCCUUAAUCUUCUUCUCCAUAUAAUUAUAAAUUAAUUACUGUUUUGGGGUUAAUGUUUACAUCUCCAUGGGUUGUGGCGCUUCCAAGUUCGACGCCCACGAAGGUGCGGCGGCGGGAGCGCAACAAACCCACCACCACGACGUCGAUUCCCCUCAUCCGCCGCCGGCCGCCACCGAUGAGGGAGCUGGAGAUGCCGGAGCAAGGAAGAGCAGCGUAACGUCUGCCAGUAGGUUACGAGGGCUGAGGAAGAUCAAGGAGGAGGUGCAUGCUAUUAGAAGACAUCAUCAUCAUCAUCAUCAUCAUCAUCAUGAGGUUGAUAAGCUGUUGUUGCCGCCACCGCCACCGGCUAAGGACGGCGGGAGGAUGGUGGUGGUUGUGAAGAAGGCAGCGGCAGGGGAGGUAGGGAAGGAUGAAUGCGGCGGCGGCGGUAGAGGAGGAGGAGAAGGGCAUAGGGAAGAUAGCAUUAUGGUUUCUCUUGGGUCACCGAGUUUCCGGGUUUACUGUGUUGAUGAUGACUUGUUGCCUCAUAAAGUGGUGGAUGAUCAUCAUCAUCGUGAUUCUCAACCUCGUGAUGAUCAUGAAGUUAACAUGGACGAUGAAGAAAAGGAAAACAAAGUACCAGUAGAGGACGGAUCAAAUAAGGGAGAAGAAGGGAAAAGGAAUAAGAAGGGGAAGAGAGGAAGGGGGAUAAUGAGUGUGUUGCCAAGAGGGGGAGGAUCAGGUGGGAUGAGACACAUUCUUCAUCCACAUCGUUUAGGCAACCAUUCUAAUCAACCACAUUAAUCCUAAUUAUGCAUUGCUCGAUGAAGAAUUAAUUAAUUAUUAUGAAAUCCCAUAUGUAUCCUCCUCCUAUUUCUUCAGGGAAGCAAUUUUAUGAGACAUUUGUAACCUCGUUUUGAUCAGCUGCUUUGUAUACUACUAUGUCGUUUGCGGUUUUGAUGUUUUAAAUCAAAUUCAAACUUAUAUGUGAAAGAGAUAAAAGUAAAAGAAACAUAAAGCGUGAAAAUAAGUUUGAUUUUAUGUAUAUGGCUUUUAAUUUUUUUUUAUUCUUUCAUCGUAUUAAUAUAAAUCAAAAGUUCAUUAACAACAUCGAUUGUGGCUAAUCUUGGUCCGAAUGUAAUACUAUAAAAUUGUAUAGAGUUUGUGACCAAAUCCUCUCGUAAGAAACUCCAUUCAAAUCUUUCUAUCAACAUUCCAUCAAUUCUAUUAAUCCAAGACCCCAUCGAUAGCUUGAGGCUCACGAAAUAACAUCAAUGACCUAAUCAUUUGUUUUCGUCCUUGACCCAAAGUCAAUCUCCAGAUCCAAAACCCUACAUAUAUAAUUGCACAUCCCCUCCACCAAACCGUCAAGCUUGCCCUCAAUUCAAUUUUGGCAAUCCAUGCCACUACCUUUGAACCAUAUACUUGACUGUUGGAUUGAAAGAAGCUUUUUCUUUCCUACACGAUAUCUCAUUCCUAAGUCUUACUAACAAAAGGAAAAGAAUAGGUGUCGAUGAAGUUCAAGUCACAUCCCAAAUGAAUCCCACAAUAUUAAAAGUAGGAUGGUCAAACAUAGACAUGAUCGUAAACCUAAGAUUAAUCAACCAUGAUUAAUUAGCAUCCCUUUCGGAAGAAUAAUCUCAAUUUCCAUGCCGUGUUUGGGAGUUUAAGGAUCAACUAUUAAAAAUGCGGCUUAAUUAUAUGAAUUUUGGUCUAUUUACAUUUUAAUCAUCGAUCCGAAAGUGCAAUUUUCAUUGAAACUAAACCCUAUAUGUUCCGCCUUCUGGUUCAAGUUACAUGCACCUCUCUUGUUGACCCUUUCAUGUAUUUAAUUACAUACGGGGCCAAAAUAUCACCAGUAAUCGUAUAUAACAUAGGUUCAAUUUUAUUUUUUUUAUCGUUGGACUCUAGUUGUACCAUAAGUUGCUAGUACGAGAGAGAUAUUUCAUAUUCAAAUCAUAAUAAUAGUUGAAUUAUGUAGAAGUGCAUUAUUAUAUAAUCAAUUCUAUGAAAAAAUAUUGAUUCAUAUACACGAUAUAGUACAAACACAUGUAUUAUACGUGUGGUCCUACGGUGAGCAUUGCUUUUGAACUCAUGACUCGAAUUUGAGCGUUGAUGUUGGGGAGGGAUCAUCUUGUAUAUCAAUCCUUACUAUUGACCUGACCCUAAGAAUUCCAGUGUCGCUAUAAUGGAGAACAAAACACAACAUGUUAGGGGCACAAGACAUAUUAUUCACAUUCCUUGAAACCUCCCACCAUGAUGGAUGCGAUGAUCAUAUUGUGGUCGAACUUUAUCUUGACUUGAACGAAGUUUCUCGUUGUAUAACUUAAUAUCCAAUGAAUUAUGAAGAGUGUGGAUGAAUUUACUAAUUUUUAUAUGAGUGGUAUAUGUUUGGUUUUUAAGUAGACACUCUUCAAAUCUAGGAUCUUCAAGUUCAAGACUUAUUGUAUUACCACUGGAACAGACUUGUAUUAACGUAGAGUAUUGAAUUUCUUGUGGUGAGCUAUGAAUCGUGUUUUGCCUCUUCAAAUAGGAUGAAUGUUCCCCACAUACAUACAACUCUUCACUUGCAAGUUAUAAUAUAAACUUGGUUAAUACCUACUUGCAAAAUUGGAAGAAAUUCCGUGGCACCUCAUCCAAAGUUUGCAUUAUCACUUAAUUAUGCUUCCUCUCUAAUUAAUUAAGUUGUCCUAA